AUGAUGGUUGGUAUUGGUGAUAUAUCAGCAUCAACAUCAAUUAAACAACCAGCUCAUUUAUUAAAUGUACCGUUUAAAUAUUUUGCUGAAAAAAGUUCAUAUACUGAUAAACAUAGCCAAAAAUAUGAUCAUUUUUAUAAGAAAAUCAGUGUUACUGAUUCAGAAAUAAAUUAUAAAUUUUUAGAAGAAAUUGAAGAAGCACAAGGUUCAAGUGCAUAUAUUAAUCGUAAUGAUAUAAUUAAUUUUGGUGUUGUUUUAGCUGGUAUACAUGCUGUUAUUUGUAAAGAACAUCAUUUAAAAGUUUGUGAAUUAGUUAUGAAUAUGCUUGAUGUAUUACUUGGUUUGGCUGUUAUAUCAUCAACAGAAGAUGAAGAAAAAUUUCAAUUAGCUGUUGAUAUAACACUUAGAUUAGGCUGUUCACAUUGUCAACUACGUGGACGAAGUUUUAUAGCUGAUCAAUUACGUGGUAAAGUUCAUUUACUAUUAAAUAAACUCCGUUUACUUAAUCAACAACGAUUUGAAAAAUAUUUUCUUAAUUUAACUCAUCAUGGUGAUCUUGUUCAUAUUCUUGAUAUAUUUCAUGCAUUAUGUGAUUAUUGUUCUAAAUCAACAUAUUGA